GCCUGCGCAUUGAUGUGUCGGCCAAGUUGAUCGGGACGUAGAGAUUCGCUCCUCGCAUUUAUCCAAGCUUGUAAGCUUGUUAGAGCUGUAACUAAACUACGAAAAUACCUUUUAUGGCAUUCAUAGGAAAUAUUAUCCAAUGAACUUGUUCUGGAGUCCAAAAGUGACGUUUUCUAGUCCCAGAAGAGCCAAGAAAAAAGACACAAGUUGGGGGACAUAUAAGAGUUAUGUCUCGACACGAAGGUGUCAGUUGUGAUUCAUGUAACAAGGGUAAUUUCCGUGGCAAAAGAUUCAAAUGUUUAAUAUGUUAUGACUACGAUUUGUGUGCAACUUGCUUUGAAAAUGGAGUGACUACAACACGCCACACAGCCGAUCAUCCAAUGCAGUGUAUUUUGACCAGAGCUGACUUUGACUUGUACUAUGGAGGGGAGGCCUUCACCGCUGAUCAGCCCCAGUCAUUCACGUGCCCCUACUGUAGCAAGAUAGGGUUCACAGAGGCUCUUUUAUUGGAGCAUGUCACAUCGGAGCACUCAGAUGCCUCACUAGAAGUGGUAUGUCCAGUGUGUGCUGCUUUACCUGGAGGGGACCCAAACUAUGUGACAGAUGACUUUGCAGCACAUCUUACCUUGGGCCAUCGAACACCCAGGGACUUAGAUGAACCAGGAACUGCCCGACAUGUGAGAAGAAUGUUCCACCCUGGCCGGGGUGUAAGCGGCCCAAGACCUCCACGUCCAAGAGCAGGUGCAAUGAACUUCAGUAGCUCAUCAAGCAGUGGGUCUGGUGCCACCACAUCACUCUCUUCCACAUCUAGCUUCCGUGAGAGCAUGGACCCCAUUGCAGAGCUGUUAUCCCAGUUAUCAGGGGUGCGGCGCGCUGCCCAGCAAGCACAGCCCCCCGUCCAGUCACAGCUACAGCUACUACAGCAGCAGUUACAGCUAGAGCGGCAACAGGUGCAGCAGACUAGGGAGAGACUGGAGCGACUUCCACAGCGACGACAGAUGGCAGCCAGCAGUACUCAAAGCUCUGCUUCGGCAACUACUCAAGAAUCCAACAGCUCCUCCAAUUCACAGUUUCUUCUGUCAAGAGCCAAUGAGCCUGCAUUAUCUGAGAGCGACCAAGAGGAGCUAGAAGAACAGAGAGCAGAUAGAGCCAUGUUUGUGCAAGAUUUAAUAGUAUCCACCCUUGGAUCUGCACUCAGAAAACAGCAAUUUGCUGAUCGGCAAGAUUCCAUAGAGGAUGAGUUCACACAAUUAACCCUUCAUCAAGGCAGUAUAGAAAGAGGUGCAGCCGGAGGGGCAAGCUUUGAGUACCACAAGCCAGAUAACCAUGCUCUGGAAUCUGAUCCAGACCCUAGUAAUCAGGACAUUGAAAUCAUUAAUCUAGAAACAGAGGAUGAUAAGGAAUCCUAGCGCAAUAUUUGUCUUCAAGACCUAUCUGUCUGGAAAAGAAGACAUUGUUCCAUUGUGGUUGGCACUGGAGAUGAAUUUCCAUAUCAAGGCACUCUGCCUGUUUGACUCCAACAAGUCAUACAACUAGUAAACCAAUGAACGGCAGGUUAUGAACCAAUAAAAAGAACAGUAGUUACUUGAAUGAGUAGUAGGCAUCCUACCUAAAUGCAAAUGUGCUUUCUAGUUUUUCAUGUUAUUUUUUUUUUGUCAAGUAAUUGUUGCUUAUUGUUUUUAUCCUUUUCCUGAAGACUCCAAUUACGUAAAGUUGGUCUGUAGCCACCAUUCUGCCAGCCUAGAAAAAUACCAAGUGUGAGGAAGCAUCCAUUUUCAUCACCUUAUUUGGGAGGCUUUUGAAUUCUUUUUAUUGAAUUUGGUAAAUGAAGUAUUCUUCAAAGAAGGUAUGGUUUACUAGAGCUUGUUUAUCACUUGGAGCACUUAAAGUAGUGCACUUGCAUACAUGCUUGAUUUCUCUUCUCUCUAUUUAAUGUGCAAUUAGUAAUUUCAAACCUUUUUUCAGUGCACAUUGAAGACUUGCUAAACUGUAGCUUAUGAUGUGCAAAUAUAGUUAAACGUGAAGGUGAGAGCUAGGUUAUACAAUAAAUAAUUGAAUUCUA